GUGAAACCGCAGCGCCCAUAUUUAUCUUCGUAUGUUUAUAGCAGUAUAAAAUGUCAACUUCAGCCUAGAAAUAGCCAUGGGCGGCGAAAAGGAAAAACGGACGGAGGAGGAGGAGGCGGAGCCCCGCGGAGCUAUUGCGCAAUGUUGCGAGAGCGUCAAAGUCGAGGUCACGGGCGCAAUCCGCAUUGUUCGCGGCUACCCCCAAGCCGUCAUCUGGCCCCUGCUGCUGCUGGCAAUCAUAUGGGGGCUGGGCAUCUACGGCGUGACGCGCGUGGCCUCGAGCGUGGAGGACGGCGCACGGGGCCGCGCCGCUGCGGUGGCGCAGGCCGCGGCGGCGGCGCUGGAGCAGGCGGCGACGGCCGCCGCCGCGCCGGUGCUGGUGCUUGCGGAGCUGGCGGCGAGGCGGCCGGGCUGGCGCGAGGCGGCGGCGCUGUUUGAGAGCGUGGCGCCGGCUCUGGCGACGCAGACGCCCAGUUCGGCGCUGCUGAGUCUGGAUCUGGCGCCCGCCGGCGUCAUCCGGGCGCAGUGGACGUCGUCGUCCGGCGGAUCUGGAUCCGGAUCUGAAUCUGAAUCUGAAUCUGGAAUUGGAUCCGACAACACCAGCAACAACAUAAGCUCCAGGAGCAGCUUCAGCCACCUGGUCAUCGGCCUCGACAUCAUCGAUGCUAGCACGGCCGUCGGCUACCGGCCUCCGCCGGAAAUGCUCGCCGCGCUGAGGCACAGCAGCCGCAGCCCCUCCACCAGCACCAGCACCAGCACCAGCACCACCACCGGAACCACCACUACGAGCACCGCCUCCGGCACCACCACCUCUGGCACCACCGACGGCACCACCGACGGCUCCCCCCGGCCGUUGCUGCUGGGGCCGUACGCGCUGUCGGGCCGGCCGCGCGCCAUGUGUGUGGCUAGCCCGGUGUGGCUGGCGGGAGUGGCAGAGAACGAGACGUGGGACCAGCUCGAUACCCUCAACCCAACCUGCGGCUCCUCCUGCGCCUACAACGCCGCCAACCGGACCAAGCUCUGGGGCUUUACGCUGGGCGUUCUGGAUGUGGAUGCGUUGGUGGUGGCGUCGGAGCUGCCGGAGCUCCUCCUGCAGGGCUACCGCUACCGCCUCACCGCCCCCGCGGCGUACUGGGUGGCUCCCGCACCCCCGGCAGCUACAGCCGCGGCGGCCAGCAACGGCAGUAGCAGCAGCAGCAGCAGCAGCCAAAGCGGCAGUAGCGGGGGUGGCGGUUGGGAUACCACGGGCGCCACGGCCGGGGACGCUGUGGUGGUGGUGGCGGCGUCAGCGGGCGGGCAGCGGCGGCCGGUGACGGCGCACGUGACGCUGCAGGAGGCAGAGUGGACUCUAGAGCUGUCACCUGACAGCGACUCGGGCUGGCGUCCCACAUGGUACGCUGGCAUGGUGGCGGGUGUGGUGUUGCUGGGCGCCGCGACGUCGGCGCUGCUGUUCGCGGCGCUGGUGAGCCGCCGCCGCCACCAGCUGCUGCUGCAGGCGCUGCUGCCCAAGCAGCUGCUGGCGGACCUGCGCACUGAGGACGUGCAGGAGCUGGGGCGCCACAACAUACACAGCGCCGACACGCCCGCCGACCUCAUGCUGUCCAUGCUGGCGGUGCUGCUGGACGGCGGCAGCCCAGACCUGCGCGACGUCGUGUUCCUGCGCACCGCACUGCUGCGCAACAUGGACUUGUACCGGCCAAUGGACCUGAGAGGCCAGAUCAAGGGAGCGAACCUGGACACCGACGUCAUGGCAGCUCUGAUGCGGCAGCUAGGCAACGACGACGGCGGCGGGACCGGCGGCGGCGCCGCCGCCGGCCGCCGCGGCGACCUUUCGCGUGAUGACGGCGGCGAACAGCCGCUUUUGGACACCUUGGAUCUAGCCAACAUGGGUCUGGCGGGCGCGUUUGGCGGCCUGCAUGGCGGCGGCGGCGGCGGCGCUGGCGGCGGCGGUGGCGCCGGCGCCGCCACUGGCGACGGCAGCGCGCUCGCGUCGCUCAUAGACACGCUCAGCCUGGGCCAGCCGUCCGUCACGUGCGACACGCUGGCGGGCGCGCUCGCGUACAUCCUGGCGCCGCCGGGCGCCGGCGGCGCCGCCGACUCGUUGGCGGCGCGGCCGCGGCCGCUGACGGCGUCGGGCGCGGCGGCGGCGGCGGCGGCGGCGCCGGCGCCGGCAUCGGUCGCGGGCGGCGCUGGCGGCGCGUCGCAAGCGCCGCGGCUGACGUGUCCUGCGUUGUUGGAUGCGUUGGAGGAGGACGAGAUACUGCCGCUGGGCCGCCAGGCAUGCAGCGCGCUGCCGACCUCGCCGUCGGCGCCGCCGCCAGUGGUGCCGCCGCCGCCGCCGCCGCCGCAGCUGCCGGCGGGUCUGGUGCAGGGUCUCAAGCGCCUCAAGACGGGGGGCGGCGCGGGUGCGGGUGUGGGUGCGGGCGCGGCUGCGUCUGGGCCGUUGCCGUUUGAACGCGACCUGCUGUUGCUUGAGGCGGCAGGGUACAGCACCGGUGGCGGCGGCGGCGGCACGAAUGGUGUGUUGCCGCUGCAGCCGUCGCUGCCUUCGCCGCUGCUGAUGCCGACGCUCUCCACGGGUGGUCUGGUGGGCGCGGCGGCGCCGCCGGCUGGCGGUGCAGCCAUCAGCGGCGGCGGCGGCGGCGGCGGCGGCGGCGGCGGCGGCGGCGGCGGCUCAUCAGGUGCCAAACGCAAGAGCACAUUGAUUCGUGACGUGGGCGGCUCGCUCCGCCUGGGACUGCGUGGGCGGGGCACGGGGACGUUUGGGUCCACCAACGACCUAGUCGGCAUGGAGGGAGCGGCGGCGGCGGCGGCGGCGCGGGAGGGCGGCGCCGGCGGCGGUGGAUGCGGCGGCGGCGGCAUGGCGGCGCACUCCAACCUGCUGGUGGCUGCUCAUCCGUGUCAGCCGUCGCCGUUGUCUGCCACCCCCGAUCCCGGCCACCACCAGCAGCACCUACAGCAGCAGAUGCAGCAGCAGCUGCAGCCGCCCGCUAGGUCGGGCAGCGCGCUGGCAGACAGCCAAGGCGGCGGCGGCGGCGGCGGCGGCGGCGGCGGCGGCGGCGGCGGCGGGCCGCUUCGCACCGCGGCGGCCUCGCUCGCCGCCCAGGUCGGUGACCGACAGGCCUUGCACCGACUCAACAGCAGCGGGUCGAGGGAUCCUCCGGUGGCGGCGGCGGUGAACUCGCAGAUUUCUAAUCUAGGUCUAGGCGGCGGCGGUGGUGGCGGCGGCGUUGGUAACGGCCUGGCGGCGUCCACGAUGGCGAUGGAGGUGGCGCCGGCAGUCGUCAGUACGAGCGGCGGCGGCGUGGCAAACCUGAGGACACGCCUUGCGACGACGCUGGGGCUGGUGUCGGUUUCCUCGCCGACUGCAAAGGCGGCGGCGGCGGCAGCGGCGGCGGCUGCAUUGGCGGCGCCGCCGCUGCCGGGCGUGCUUACGCUGGUGGCGGCGGUGUCAGCGACGGAUUCGCCACGCCAGCGGCCGCGGACGCCGCCGUCUCCGCCGCCGGUGCCGCCGCCGGUGCCGCCGCCGCCGCCGCCGGUGAUCGAGGAGGUGGAGCGGCUGCUGUCGCUGUCGGACGGCUGGCAGUUCAACACCUGGGCGCUGCACGAGGCCACACACGGCCACGCGUUGUCGGCACUGGGCUUCUACCUGCUGCAGAGGGAGGGCCUGCUGGACCACUUCCGCAUCAAGCCUGUCACCAUGGCCCGGCUGCUGCGCGCCGUGGAGUCGGGCUACCUGGACCAGCCCUACCACAACGCCUGCCACGCCGCCGACGUGCUGCAGACACUGCACGUGCUGGUGCAUGGGGCGCAGCUGCAGGCGCACUACAUGGACAAGCUGGGACUGCUGGCGUCCUACUUCGCGGCGAUUGUGCACGAUCACGGCCACCCCGGUCUCACCAACGACUUCCUCAUCGCCACACACGACCCACUGGCGCUCAGAUACAACGACCGCUCGCCGCUGGAGAACCACCACGCCGCCAGCGCCUUUGCGCUGCUGGCGGAGCGGCCCGAGCUGGACAUCACCGCGGGACUGCCGCCGCCGGAGCGCGCGGCGUUCAGGAAGCAGGUCAUCGAGAUGGUUCUGGGCACCGACAUGAAACAGCACUUCGCCAUCCUGUCCCACUUCAACACCACGCACCGACUGGCCAGCUACGUCCAGGGCUCCCACCACUAUCACCACGGAGGGGGAGGGGGAGGUGCUGCGGGGGCGGCAGCAGGGGGCGCCAGCGGUGGAGGCGGCGGAGGGGCAGCAGGGGCCGGCGGCCUGACGUCGGGCGGAGGCGGACACAGCGGCGGCGCAGCGGCGGGGGCGGGCAGCGGGGGAGGACGCACGCGCAUGCACACGAGCGAGGACCACCACCAAGGCAACGGCAUCUCUCCGGGUGGGGGGUCUGCAGCAGCAGGGGCGGCGGCAGGGCCGGAGCCGGCGGCGCCCAAGCCCCUGGACGACGCCGAGAGGAUGCUGAGCCUACAGAUCGCGCUCAAGGUGGCUGACAUCGGGCACCUGGGCGAGGAGCUGCCGGUGCACUGCCGCUGGCUGGGCGUGCUGGAGGAGGAGUUCUUCAGCCAGGGCGACAGGGAGCAGGCGCGGGGCCUGCCCAUCAGCCCCCUGUUCGACCGCACCAAGCAGGGCGUCAGCAAGAGCCAGGUGGGCUUCUACGAGUUCGUGGCGCUGCCGCUCUGCCACGCCCUGUGCGCCGCCUUCCCCGGCGCCGCGCCGCUCAUGCACCACUUCCUGCACAACUACCACCACUGGAAGGCCGUGGACGCCAAAGCCGCGGAGGCGGCGCGCGGGGCGGCGGCGGCGCCGCCGCCGCCGCAUGCAAGCAGCAGCGGUGCCGGCGCGCCUCCGGCGGCGCCGGCGACAGCAGCGGCCGCCACUACUCAGAACGGCGGCUCCGCUGCCAACGGUUUGCUCACGGCAGCCAGCGCCGGUGCCGCCACUGGCGGCGGCGGCGGCGGCGGCGGCGGCGGCGUGGUCUCGGGCAGCCCGGCGGCAGUUCAGAUACGCACCGCGGCCAGCGCACCCACACCAGCGACCUGCCAGGCGGCGCCCUCGGCACCUGCUACGGGCGCUGCUGGUGCUGCUGCGUCUGCUGCUCCCUCUGUAGCGCCUGCUACUGCCACCGCAAGUCCGGCGGCGGCGGCGGCUGCUGCUGCUGCUACUGCCGUGGAUUCCGCGGUGGUGACGGUUCUUGUCGCGGACGAGUCAGGCGACUCGUGUACACCAGCAGCGCAGCAGUAGCAGCUGCAGCGGCUGUGGCAGUAGCAGCAGCGGCGGCGGCGGCGGCAGUAGCAGGGGCUGUCAUUGCGGCGGCGGCGGCAGCGGCAGUGGUACGAAGGCCAGCACUGCCGGCCAGCAGCUGAGUUGGUGAGCGUUGGUGAGCGUUCAAGAAGAAGCAUUGCAAGGUGAAUGCCGAUAGCUUUACACCUGGCGUGCUCCAAAGCAGCCGUGCAAGAAGACCUUCACAUUGGCACAAACGACUUGCAAGGACCAAAAGCAAAGCCGAUUCGACCGCCCAUAUGAAGACCGGCGCGCUGGUGAACAAUAAGAUAGAUGUCUGCAGGACUGCAAAGCUGCGUAUGUACAUUGUCGCACAUGUCGGCGUUCUGGUGUUGGCUGAACGCCGGCAAUAUCAGAACGCCUGGCUGGCUGGCUGGCUGGCUGGCUGGCUGGGCCAGGAUGACUUAACGCGGCAUGCUUACUUUGGCCAUGCCUCAUGUCUCAUAUUGUGCGGCAGUAGAAUAGCUGCUGAUUGUUCGUGGAUGGAUCAUGAUGCGUGCGCAAUUGUCGAGGUCGCGGGGCAAAAGUGAAACUUGCUUCUGUGUCUCGGGCCGAGCGCACCUCAGCAAAGUACGGUGGCCAGGGAUAGAUGAGUGACAGGGGCAAUCGGGCAUAACAUGCCUCAUGCAGUCAUGCUGCUAUGCGGCUAUGCUGCUUUUCCGUGAGCUCCCAAGAGAGCUCGCCGCUGCGUCAAAUGCGACCGCAUGAGCGUGUCCAUGAGUACACUUCCUUGCUGCACGGCUGUGUGGUGUGAAAGUGGAUUUGUGCAUGCCUACCUUGAACCAGAGGGUUAGUCACCCGGAAAGUUUGGAAUGACGGCCAGGGGUGAGGAUGAAGGACUUGUCGUUCCUGGGGCAACAACGGAAGUAGUUUGGCUUAGCACGGCCGGUUAACUGCUUAAUGACGAGUGUGGUGGGAACGAAUGCGUACGUAGACCAGAGCGGACGGCGGAGUGGGCUUGCAGGCGGCACGAGAGUAGGCAGUCAGUAGCGCAAGUUGCGAAUUCACAUGUUACCUCGUAACCGACGAUAAACGCUGUGGACGGUCGCGCCCAUGGCUGGCUGACAGAAAGCGGCUGCUGUAUUGGGAUGGCUGGGCUGGGCGACGGCGGCCGGGCGUUGCUUGGGACUACCAGAAAGGAUGCGCCCGAAACCAACCUGGAGAACACCAGGUUGCUUGCGUGGCGAGGGCGUGGGAGAACGGGUGGAGUGCUGGGGAUGUGGAUCUUAUGAGCGGCUGAUAAAUGGCGGGUACUCGGUAUCGUGGUUCGUAACAGCAGUCGCAAACACACGCGCAUUUUUUAGGAUGGGCUGAGCCCCCCCAGCGCAGCGUUCCAGGGGGGGGGCGAAGCCCCCCAGGAACACCCCUGUCCGUGGCUGGUGGCUGGUGCGUCGGCAAAACGGACUGUGCACCCCACCCAACCGGCCAUGUCCGGAUUUGCGGGGAUGCCAAAGGCCCCCAACAUAGAGGCGUGUGCUUAGUAGGCGCCCGCGUCAAGGUGGCUGGGUUGAUAACGACCCGGGAUCAGCCCUUUUCCUGCCAUAAGGCAGCCACCUCCUUGUUUAGGAUGGAGGUUCUCGAUGAAAGAAGAGUUUGCUGUCGUGCGAGCGACGCUGGCAAUAUUGCAGCACCACACGGUACUCAAAUCACGCGCAGGGCUGGAUGGAACAGUCACGCACGUGCGCACUCGGCAAAUGCUCGUGAUGAUGACGGAUGCUAUGCAUAUGUUAUGAUGCGAUUUGAAGCUGCCCUCGCGCGGCGCGGCUCAGGCCGGGUUGUCAGCUUGCAUCGCGCCGCUCUCUACUGGUUGACUUGAAAUCGCGUGUGUGGUGAUGAAGGGAGGCGCUAGUUGCGAGACGCUGCAUGCAGAGCUCGCGCUCUCACGCGUGGGGUUUAUAGGGGUGUCCACAGGUGUUUGUGGGUAGCAUGGCAGGCACUGCAUAUGGUGAUAGUGGUGGUAUGGUGAUAUGAUCGUGAUGGUGAUUGGUGAUGGUGACGAUGCUUCUCAGUUGCUGCACGCCGCGCAUGGCAUGUGGCGAGCGCAAUCACUAUUGUUGUUAUUCAAGUUCUUGCUUCAUCUGGUAUGACGAUAGCACUGUAUGCGUGCACUUUUGAGGGAGGGGGGUAUUAGGAAUGGGAUUGGGGCACGUGCACGCGCCUGCGCGGAAGUACACGCGUGAUGCGGCGCGGCGCUCAAAGGCGGCGAUUGCAUUACCUGGUUGAGGGAUGGCUCCUGGUAGUUGUGGACUGCGGAGAAGGAGUCGAAACAGCCGACGGCAGCAUCUGUUGGGCCCUUGGUAGCAGCGCAAUGGAGGAGGGGGGGCGGAGGUAGGGCCCGGCCGCUGAGGCCGCUGAGGCCACUGGCGAUACGGUGCGGCUGGGUGCACGCGCGGUCGCCAGCCUUACACGCCCGGUGCCGGUCAUGCAUGCGCAAGCCCUGCUUGUAACGGAAGUGUGAA